AACCCUGGCUGGGUGGGGGAGAGGAGCAGGACGCGCCGCGUCGCAGCUGCUGCUGCCGCUGCUGUCGCCACCACUGCUACCACCACCACCACCGUGGCUGUCGCUGUUGGGCAGACCCUAGGCAGCCUCGGCCUGGGGAGUUAGGGGACUAGGGGUGAGGAGUCUGCCAUACUAAGCACAGGGAGUGGGCCUAAGCUCUGCUUUCCAGUGACCCCCCAAAGAGGAUGUGGGGGGAGGGGCCUGCGCGGCGCAGCAGAGCCCGCUGCAGAGAGGGGACACCGAGUCACGGCCAGCCCCUCUCAUGCGUGCCUCAGCCAGACCCAAACCCAAACCUAGACAGGCCCACCCGCCACCCGGCUGGGUUGUCUCCUACCGCAGAGCCCUGGCCUCUGAGGCAGGCAAGGAAGAGAGGUAGGUGGUGCGGUGGUAACCCUUAGCUGCAGAGGGGGCUGCUGGGGAUGAGGUCGGGGCGCCGGCAGCAGUGGCGCGGAGCAGCAGACACCUAGCCUGUCCCUCCCCUCUCCCUCCUCUCGCUCCCGCCGCUCCCCCUCCCCGCGCACACGGCAGUGGCUCUGGCCUCAGAUGAUCCCUCUCCCCCCUCCCCCCAACCGCAGCCCCGCACAGUCGGGCGGGCGGGCGGGCGCACUCACCGAUGGGGGGAGCCGAGCAGAGGACAGUAGACGCACCAGGGCUAGGGUGCCCGCAGUGACUGUUCCCGUCGACUCUGCCCUUCCCCACAUGCAACAAUCAGAAAGAAACUCCACAUUCACCCAAAAACCUGCAGCCAGUCCCCCUUGGGACCACGACUGACUGCCUGCCCGCCCGCCUGCCCGCCCGCCUCCCCCUCCUCCUCCUCCUCCUGAGAUUUGGGGAAGGGGGGCACCCUGCUCAGGGCUGAGCCCAGCCUGGGUUGCUGGCCAGCUCUGUGGAUGAACCAGGCCCUGUGAGCAUUCAGACCCUAGCCCACUCUUCUAACUUUCUGGAAGGACCCAGAAUGGAGGAGAAAACCAAGCAGGCUUUCGGAAAUUCAUGAGCUAAAAAUGUCAGGAAUUUCCUGGGAAACGCAGUUCCUUACGGGAUUCAUUAAAGCAGGUUCCCUUGCCCCUUUUACUCUUCCUCCCAGAAACUUGUGUCAAGGAGAGAUCCCAUUCCCAAAAGUAAAACAUUAAAUGGUCGCUGGUUUUUAUGCAGACAUCUAGGUUGCUGACCAUUAAUUAACCUGUGAGUCUUUGGACGGUGAUAGCUAAAAGGGAUCUUCUCUGGUGUUAGAAAGGGGCUCAGGAGUAGAGGAGCUCAGAGAUACCUGAUUUCUCUCUUACUAGACCUGACGUAUAACCUAGGGCUUAUUUCCAGAUAGGUAUUGAGUGCUUGUACUCUCUCACUGCAGUCUGCAGCCCUGGCACUGUGGGGAAAGCUAAGGCCUAUCUCGGGGGGGACCCCCUGCCAAUGCUCCCACACUUUCCCCCAUCACCUUCUACAGGCAGCUGAGAGACACAGAUCACACAGCUCUGCCCCGGCUUUCUCAAGCACAGAUCGUUGCCUCUAUCCUGAGAAAAGUAUACCUAUUCCGUUUGUGCGUUCUAUUCCCAUUGAGCAUCUCCCUCUUCCCCCAAAAGUAAGGAGACUUGCCUUCCUCACUCUUAGCCCGAGGGACAACUGGGAAUAUGGUUGCCUAGCUUCCUAGAAAAGAGUGGACUAACGGUCAAGAUACCAAGAGCAGCCUAGGGAAUAAGCCUUGUUGAUUCCUGAACCCUCAAAGCCCCCUUGCCAUAUCCCUUCACCUCCUGAACAAACUUGCCUGCUAGGUAUUCACAGCUUCCUUUUUCUCUUAGAAAGAGCCCCAUUCUACUCAGCAUUAGCUACUUCAGCCCUGGGCUGAAGUUUGCGACUUCCCACUGAAAAGAAACAAGAAGCACCUGGCCACCAAGGAGCAACAGGCGCUGUCCUGUGCACCCGUCUCAAAACCAACUACCUACGUCCAGUGGUCCCUGAAAUGGCUCUCUGAAGGGAAGGCUCCACACCAAGAGAUAAAAACCCAGGCUUUGAGCCCCAUAAAGAACUUCCCCUUAUUUGGAGGGCAACCUCUAGUACCCUGUAGUACUCUUUCCGUGUUGAUUUUUUCUGCACUCCCUCCCCUGUCCCAAAGUCUAUUGGGAAGGGGACACAGGAACUUUUGAAGCACUUUGAACUGCACAGAAAUAUACGUGUGAAGAAGCAGUUAACUCCUCCGGGCUCGAACAGUAGCAAUCAGGACUCCGGAUAGACCCCAGCCCCUCCAGGGACAAAAAGGCUCAGUAGCAGGAUCUCCACAGAGAAUGGAGUGGGACAUUACGUUUCACUUGUAAACUGAGGCUAAGAUCUGGUAUAAUCCGAUCUAGAAGGGCUGCUGCUUUUCCUCAAGAGUUUACCUUGCGUCAAACCAAGCCCCUGCUCCCUAAUGAAAACUCAAGGCAGCAACAAGGCCAAUGAGAAUACGAUGAGGGCCCCACCCACCCCCUGCCAGUCCCAGCCUUUCUUCCGUGCUGAUUGCUGCCCCCAGGACAGGAGACUAAGACUCGAAACUGCCCCGCCUUCCUAUCCCAACUUCCCGCCUUCCUAUCCCGACUUCCAGUCUAAAUUUUCUUGCCCUCCAUCCUAGACGUCUAUAUACAGGGAUUCCGAAAUGAUUUGAGUUUCGAAGUGCCCUGUUUUUCUGAAAAAGUGACUGCCACCAAGAACUGACUUCUUAGUUACCCAGCGCGGAGGCAACUGAUGAAGUUUCCAGACAGAACACAAGUUGAAUAUCAUUUGUACAGUUAAACUGGGAAUUUUAAGCUCAAAUCAGCAAAUGACUGGGACCUAGAUCUCUCCACAUAAAUAUGUACUUGUUUUAUGCUAUUCAUUAUAUAUGUAUAAAAUUUUUGCCCUUAUAUGCCAGCUUCUCUCCUACUUUAUAUGUGUAUCUAAAAAACAAACAAGAUUAACAAUGCCUUUCCAAAAUAAUUCAAUGAUAAAUAGGAUUUUUAGCAUAUUUUCACGACUGAAACGAGAGUUAAUUUCAGAAUAAGCCUUUAAGUGUGGGCUUUUUCUCAGACUAAGGAGGUGAAAGGCAGCUUUCUUUGGGCUAUAGUGUACAGUAGCCUUAAAAGGCAAUCUGGGAGAAAUGAAUAUAAACUUCCAGAAGUCUUAAAACAAAAAGUUUAAACUUUAAAUAAAACUUCACAGUUAUAUUUGCAUUGUAACACUGAAAAGUCAUUAGAAAAUAAGUGGAUUUUAAGACUUCUAACCAUUUGUUAAUAAUCUAAACAAUAUACUAACUUGGUGAAUUAAGUCUGUUCUAGUAUCCAGCUGUUUGAAUUUGUUACUGUAAAACAAAUAGUUGUAAAACUAAAUGUAUAAUUUCAUUAGAAUGUAGGAAAGACAAAGGGAAAACGAAAUAUACAGCAAAUUAAUAUGCAGCAAAAAUCCAUGUUAAUGAAAAACUUAUCAAAAAGUAAACAUUUCCUUUCUCCUCACAAUAUGCUUACAAAGACAUAAUGUCUCUAGAUUUCUUGAGCCCUUUUAUUAUUAAUACAACAGACACAUUUUAAAGAGAAUAGAGACUGCUUUAUUUUUAAUCCCACUGUCUCUAUGUAUUUAACAAACUCUUACCAACAAAAAAUUGUGCGCAAAGAAAUACACAUUAGGCAGAACAAAAAUGAAAAAAGCUUUAAUUUUCUUCAGCCUGACUACAGGUGAUUCUGAAAUAAUCUAAUUCAGCUUUGGUUUUAUAAAGUAAAAAUCAACACACAUUUGUAAAAUAGACUUGGAAAGAGGUUGUCUACCUCUGGGUAGUAAACCCUUCUGAUUGUAUAGAGUUCCUAAUAGAAACAAUAUGUUGAUUAAUAUUUUACAAAAUCACAAAUUUCCAAAAUAAAGAACAUUAGAGUUUGUGUUUUCAAGUGAUAUUUAGGUUAAAUACCAGUCUUAAACCAAACAACUAUCUUCAAUACCCAAAUCAUUAAAACUAACUGGGAUGUUGUACUGUAAAUGUUCAGAGUGAAGGAAUUAGCCAUUUCUUCUCAUGACUAUCUACCAAAAAAAUUGAGAAACUCUCAAAUAAAUCUUAACAUUUAACAACAACAAUGACUAAUAGUAACAGCAUUUCCCAGAUCGUUCUUUAAAAGCGUAUUCCUUUUCCAUAGCUCACUUAAUCUUGAAAAUCAUGCCUCUUCAAUGCUAUUUUAAUGUUUAGGAUUAAAGAUACGAAGUAAACAUUUAAAAUAUGAAGAGAACAAUCCACUUGAUAAAAAUCCUCGCAUUUCCAAAAUGUUUUCAUUUUAAGCAUUUGCAGAAGAGUUAAAUAAAUGUAGCAGACAUUCUAAAUUCGAUAAAAGAUUCAGAGAACCCGACAUUUUAUGUACCCCAAAGGUCCAAACAGAACCGAUGUAAAUGUCAAUAGCUGUCUCCCUUCCGGCUGAUACUUAAAUGGUUUUACUAGUACUCAAAGCAAUGAAAUCAGCAACUCUCUCUCCACACUCUAGUCAACACUCCAAUUUCCAAAGCCGCAAUUCGCAAACGUCAGUUGGGCGGGGGCGGUGGGGGAUCUUGAAGUAAUCCAAAAAUUUCCUUUCCCCUUUGACAGUCCACCAAAAGAUGUCAAACCAAAUCCAGCCUAUUGUAAAGCUCUGGGACCUCCCUUCCAAGGACACCGAACACAAGCUUAGACACCGCUGCGAAAAGCUGUCCAAAAGCGCCUGGCCGGACAAAUGGUUGCCGUGCAGGGAGUGUCAGCCACGUCUAGCGCACAGUCCCAGGCCCCAGGGCGAAGGCGGCCAGGGGAAAUGGGGCUCAGCGAUUUCUAAGCAAACGCAUCACUGGUGGUCUCCAGCGCCUGCGGAGGUAGGAUCGCCUCUUUUCUUAAGGGGCGUGUUAUUUUGUCCUCUUUUGAAAGUAGGAGGGGGUUCUUUCGUUUCUCGCUGCGGGGGGUGGGAGAGAACGUUGCUGCACCGCCUGGGUCUCCAAGAGGGAGGGUGCGGGGAUGUCUGCAAUGGUACUAUAAUUAUUCCUGGACUGAGAGGGCAAGUAGAGGGGACGGGGCGAGCGUCACCUGGAGCUGUGGCAGUGGCAGCAGGGAAGGUCGCAAGGGGCUUACCCGGGCGGGCGGGCGCUGUCCUGCCGCAGGUGAGGGAGGGCGCAGGCUGGCGGGAGGGAGGGCGCGCGCGAGGCAGGCGCGAGGAAGGGGGGAGGGGAGGAGGGCGCGCGCGCGCACACCUGUCCUGGACAGCGGCGCUAGCCGAGCUGCGCCUCACUUGGGCUCUGCGGGCUGAGGAGGAAGGAGGGCGGGCUGGCGGGCGGGGGCGGGACGCCGAGGGGAGGAGGAGGAGGCGGCUCGGAUGGCUGGCUCGGCUCUCGCUCGCUCUCCCUCCCGCGGGCAAGUCCGGCUCACACCCUGCUUCUCCCGCUCACUCACAGCCCCCUUGGCUCUCCCUCCUCCUCCUCCUUCCCCUGCGGGAUCCGCUCGCCGCCGCCGCCGCCGCCGCAGACGGCAAGUCGUGGCAGCCAGACGUCGGCGCCUGCCGCCGCGGCGGCCGCCGAGCGCGCUCUUUCCGCCCCCCUCUCGCGCGUGAGCGCGCCCUCUCUGCUCCUGGCGCGUCAACAUUCCGCGGCCCAGGCCUUGGGGCGCGUCUGAGGAGGGGGAUGUCUGUGGCCUCUCCGCCCACACUUCCUCCACCCACCGCCCGCAGCGCCCCAGAAGGACCUAUUACUCGUUGGGCUUCUGAAGGCCGAAGCCAGGCUCAGGCGGGGAUAGAACCCUGA